AUGUAAUAAAGAGAAUAAAGAUUGUCUUAGAGAGCAUUUUCAUCUAAUUCUCCUACAAUGAGUAGUGCUUAUGCAUCAGCAAUGAAGAAUAUGCAGGAUAAAUUAAGAAAUGAUUCAUAUAGGAAAUCAAUCGAUUUGUCUCCAUAAGAUAUCAUAAUUGAAUAACUUAAACAAUAAGUGAAUGAAUUAACAAAUGAAAAUGAUCGUCUAUAAAUGCAAUUGAUGAAAGUUUCUUAAGAAUUGGAAAUGAACAAUAGAGCUACUUAAUAAAUAGAGUUGUUAUAAGUCGAAAGAUUAUAACAUUUGAAAGAUUAUUAAGACAGAGUAUCUGAAUUAAUAAGAAAGAAUGAAGAACUUAAACAUGAUAAACAUGAAAUCUAAAUGACAUUUGAAAGUCUUUAGAGAUAAUUAUAAGCUUAUAAAAAUAAUGAAAAAGGUUUAUUGCAUAAGGUUGAGAUGAAGAAAUUUGAAGAAAAUUCAAUACUUCUUAAUACUGUCUCAGAAUAUAAGUAAAAAAUUGAUAUUAAAGAUAACAUUAUUAAGAAACUGGAAAAAAGAGUAGAAUUCUUAGAAAUGGAGAAAUAAAGGUUAGAUUAAGAAUUUGAAAAUUAUAAAUAGAAGCAUCCAUCAUUUAAAUUACAUGAAUUUGAAAAAUAAAUAUCUAAUCUAAAAUAUUAAUUAGAUGAAAAAGAUAGAGUUUAUUUAAAAAAUAUUGAUGAAGCUUAAUCAAAUCGAAUAUGUAGAGAAGAAUAAAUGGCUAAAAGAAUAUAAGAGCUGAUUUUAAAGAGUUCAGAAUAUUAAGAUAUAAUUUAAUAAUUGACUAUGGAUUAUAAGGAAUUGAACGUUAAAUAUUAAAAUAUCAAAAAUAAGUUGGAUUAGGAAGAGAAGAGUCAUAAAUAUUUAAAAAGAAGAAUAUCUAGAUAAGAAGAAACUGAAUUUAAUUAAGGAUAUAGAGAAUAGAGGACAAUUAGUAAAUUAAAUUUGGAUUAAAUAUCUCCCACUCUUCCUAGUCCAAGAGCUGAUCAAAGUUUAAGAUAGAGUUAAUUAAAAUAAGCAAUAAGAGACUGUUUAGAAGAUAUGAAGAAUUCAGCUUAUAGUCCUGAUAAGAAGAUUGAAUCUAGAAAAAGAUUAAUAUCUCCUUUAUCGCCAUAAUAUCAUUCAGAAAUUGAGGCUAAAUUGAAGACAUUAAAUGAAAAAUAUGAAAAUUUAAUUAGAUAAGCUUAAAGGGAAAAUGACUUCAAAAAUAAAGCAGUUAUCAGGAAGUAAUUAUUAGAGAUUGCUGAAUAAAUAAAGGAAACUACAAAAUUCGAUAAAAUAAAUUGA